CGCCGCGCCCUCCCGGCGGUCGGCAAGGCGAAGCCCACUCCGGUGCCCGUCGGCGGGUCCGUGCCUGGCGCUCGCCUCCCCUCCGCGGCACAGCAGCCCCGCUCAGCCUGGCCACCAUGGCGCGCGGGAGAUGCACAGCUUGCUUGAGCGUGGUAAAAGGGAGGAUGCUUUUAAGGAUGCUUUAAAAAGAGAGACUCGGCUGGUUUUCAUGCUAUGUCUUGGUUAUCUCCUGGCGUUUCUGAUGAGCUAGGUAAGUCUCACAGCCCGUACGGUUACAGGUCACUUCACAGAGCCAAGUACCGGCAUUUUAUGGCCUUUUAAUGAGCCGUUAAACUGGAGAAGAGGUAAUUAAAUAUGGAACUCGGUACAAUGUACACAGCACUGACUCCAGCUCUCUGAUUCUAGGUUCCUCAGAAGACGAUGAGGUCAUUCAAGAAGGUCUCCUCAGGCUCAGCAGGGGCGAGUAAAGGCGGUGAGGAGCCCGUGCGGCUGCCGGAGCACGAGGAGGAGGAGGAAUCCCCGCUUUGGCACGGAGCCGGCCACUGCAAAUGGUUCAAUGUGAGGAUGGGAUUCGGGUUCAUCUCCAUGAGCAGCCGAGAGGGAAGCCCCUUGGAGUCCCCGGUUGAUGUCUUUGUGCACCAAAGCAAGCUUUACAUGGAAGGAUUUAGAAGCCUAAAAGAAGGAGAACCAGUGGAAUUUACUUAUAAGAAAUCUUCCAAAGGCCUUGAAUCAAUACGGGUAACAGGCCCUGGUGGGAGCCCCUGUUUAGGAAGUGAAAGACGACCCAAAGGGAAGACAGUACAAAAAAGAAAACCAAAGGGAGAUAGAUGCUACAACUGUGGUGGCCUCGAUCACCAUGCUAAAGAAUGUAGUCUACCUCCACAGCCAAAGAAGUGCCAUUACUGUCAGAGCAUCAUGCACAUGGUGGCUAACUGCCCCCAUAAAACUGUUUCACAACAGCCCACUAGUUCUCAGGGAAGACAUGAAGCUGAACCCCAGCCUUCCACUUCUGCUUUCCUGAGAGAAGGGGGAGGAACGUAUGGCUAUUCAUCUCCAUCGUAUUCUCAGGAGGGAAGGUCAGAGAUCUCAGAGCGUUCAGGCAGGUCACCACAAGAAGCUUCUUCAAGUAAGUUAUCUGCAUCACCCGAAGAACCAAGCAGAAAGGGGCCUUCUGUUCAGAAAAGGAAAAAAACUUAAAGCAUUUUCCGUAACUUUCCAUUUUCUUUAUCCUCUUGGGAUGUCUACCUCAUGCAAGUACAGGGGAAAUAAUUUCAUUAUCAGUAGCUGAUGUGGAAUUUUAACUACUGUUGAGGAACUGUGAUUUUUUUUUUCUUUAAUAGACAAAUCACUCCAAGCAAAAUCCAUUUGAGCAGGGUGCAUUGCAUUUUACCUUCUGUAUGUGUGUGUGAGUGUGCACGUGCGUGUAUGUAUACGUAUCUAUGAGUAUAUAUUUUUUUCAUCAGGACACUCUCCAGCUCCCACAGUGUUACUGUGAAGCAAUAGACACAGUACCCUUAAAUGUUCCUGAACUCAUUCCCAGAAUCUGUUUUCAAACAUGUUCAAAAAACAAAUAAGAAAACCCAAGAAACCUCGCAAAAUGAAACAAACCAAAUCUGAAAAACCACACUCAGAACUAAGAUAAAGACUGUUACUUUCUUGUGAACCAAAGGAUAUGUUCAUAUUUUAAAGCUGCCAUAUGGUACUAAAGAUACUAAGACAUCCCCCAGCCAUCAAUUUGAGUUACUUUCUUUGUCAUCUCCACAGAACAUCACUUUCCCCAUUCCCACCCCUCCACCCCCAUGCCUCAGAAGGGCAGUGUCACAACUAAACAUAGCUCUCAUUGCCACCGUCCUUUGGUGAUGAGGAGUUUAAAGCUCCAGAAAAGACAAUGAAUGUGUAGUUUCUGUGCUGGUUUCUCAAAAUGUUUUGUUAAAGUAAUAUGAGUGUAACUGUAAUUUAGAUGAUUGUUGUGUAGGGGAGACUGUGUAAGUUGUUAAAGAACAAACCUCUUUGAGUGGUAUCGGGAUACCAUUCUGUUGAACCUUUUGUAUUCUGUGAACGUUUAGGGGACCUUGGUGGCAGUAGUAGCAGCAGCAGCAGCAGCAGCAACUUCUCUUGGCCCCAGGUAGUGCCCUGCAAUUUGAAGGGGACUUGUCCCUUAUUUACUGUUGGGAGAAUUGUGUAGGGAUUUUUGUUGUUGUUGUCUGUUUUUUUUCUAAAGAAAACGAAAUGCAAAACUAAUAAGAUCCUGAGAUAAAUAGUUCCUUAAGAUAAAAGGUAAUUGGGUACUCACAGUUGCUUAGCCAGCCUCUCUUUCUGAUGAUGCAGCACGUGUACAUUAAAGAAGGACAGGUGCCUGCUGUGUACAAGCCUGAGUGAAAAGGCACCUGCAAACUUGCCAGAAGCCAUGGACAUCACCUGCUUCUUGUGAACGGGGGACUGCUGCUGACCAGCCAUGGUCUGGUGUGUGCUGGGACCACACACUUCUGCAUUACAGAGGAGGAAGAUUGGUGGUCUCAGAGUGAGACUCCCUGGGCUGCAGCCCUUGCUGGGGGUUAAUAGAGUUGGAGCCUGUCAAAACUUCAAGUCACUUCCCAUUUGUAACUUCUACAUUACCAAGUCAUACGUACGAUAACAUACUUUGACAAAUCCCAUUGCAGAUGUAAGUUAAUUAGAGAAACGUAUGUAAUCCUUAGCAUUGGCAAUAAGCACAGGCUGUUAAAGCUUGAAAGAGUCAGGUAGGUUUAAGCUAAGAUAAUCAAACAGAAGAAACAGCCCGCAUGGGAGGCUGCAGUGAGCCCAAGUCCCAGAUGUUGGAACUCCUGCAGCCGGUGGCUCACUGUGUGGCCGCUCCCUUCCCAACUGUCCUGCCGGUUGAGACUUGUACUGCUGCUGCUGCUGCUGCUUCAGUAAACAGGCAGUAAGAAAAAGCCUCAGCAAAGGGCACAAUUUCCAGACAAUUAUUUUGUGUGAAUUCCUAGCCAGUGUUUGCGAGAAUCUCAAUGGUUUGUACUGAAGUUCUCAGUGUGCUAAAUGCAAAGCUUACCUUUGACGAUAUUGAAUGUGAUAUAUCUAUAGAGAACUUCCUUGCCUUACGUGAGGAUAGUAAACCUAUUUAAAUUAUGUAGACAAAUCAAAGUGGCAUUGCUUAACCUUCUAGCCGGUGUAAAAACCCAGGUUAAACAGCAAAGAUGCAAAACUUAGGUCACUUUGAAUGUUUAAACCAAAGUUCCUUAUAGAAAUAGGCAAUUGUGGAUUUGAGAACUGGUCAUUCCCUGUUUAUAUGUAAGAAGUUCAGAGCUGAGAUGAGGAAAUAUUUUCAAUGGGCAGAUUUUUAUUGGUGCUGUUUGAAAUCACUGUGUGCACCGAAGUCAGACUGAACUGCAAAGAGCACAUACCAAACCCUAUCUUAUUGUUGAUAGCUUAAGGUUUUAUUUUUAUAUAUUAGAAUGUUAUCACUAUUACAUAACAUACUCAGGACAAAGAACUUUGCUCAGGGAAUAUACCAUGUAAUGUUGUUUUUACUUUACAGAAUAGUCUACCGACUUACUCAGAACAAACCAGAUAGACUUAGCCCUUUUUAUCUCUCUAUAAGUAUUAUGUACUGAUGUUAGUAACUACCUCUGAGUUGACAUAGACCUACAUUUCUGAUAAUCAGAUUUCAGCGUUUUGUAUUAUAAGUUCCUGUGAAGUGAAAAAGUGGCAUUCUGUACUGGUUGCUUAUGUGAGCAUAUGUGUCUACAUUCACAGGGUCUGAGCUUUCAGAGAAGCUGCACAACCACAGCUCCCACUGGCUUCGAGUUGGAGUUAUGGUGCUUAGCUUUUCUAGCAGGGGAGGGGGUGG